AUGAAAUUCCCGUACAUGCUUCAACAAUUGAACGGCUACUUUACUAUAAAUACACUGUUCAGAUGACUUUAAAAUCAGUUUUAAUUCUAUAACAACAGUAAUAAGAAACAAAUUUUUCUUAAAAUUAUUCGAAAUGAUGUACAAAUUUUUAGUUCUUGCCGUCUUCAUCAACGCAAUUGCUGCUAGAGAACGUUUAAAUCCACAUGAGUGCCUUGGGCAUAAUGAGAAUUUGGAGUCACCAAACGGAUGUUUUAAGCUGUCCAUGCAACAUGAUGGAAAUUUAGUACUUUACCGUAAGAAGAAUAACGAAGCUUUGUGGCACAGUGGAACUCCUAGAUCAUGUACAAACAGAGCAUGCAUGCAAGGUGACGGUAACUUUGUCACAUACGAUUGCCACAAUAUUGCUACUUGGAACUCUGGAACAGUCAAUAAUGAAGGUUCUUCACUUCGUGUUCAGGAUGAUGGAAAUGUUGUCAUUUAUGCAUGGAACUCAAAUAGAGCAAUUUGGGCAAGCGGAUCACAAACAGGAUGUUAAUUUUGAUUUUCAUUAUUUUCUUAAAAGUGAAAUUAAAGCUUUAUCAUUAUUUAUUUGGGGAAUUUCCAAGUGUCUUUUACUUUAUUCAUUAAUAAUAAUCAUUUAAAUUCUCACAUACAUUCAAUAUUAAAGAGACUUCAUCGUGCAGUUGUAAGUUUGUAGGUUGUUUUCAAACCCACAGGCUAUUAAACAAACAAAAAAUCCCUUCCUUUGUUAGAUUCAAUCAGCAAAACAUAAAAGCUUUUUUUUUUUGUUCUUCCCAGCUUCUAAUCAGAAUUUUUGCAUUUCCUACAUCCUAUUCCUUUAUGGUUUUAUGUUUGUUAUGUUCUACUUGCAUGAAAUAUGUGAUAAUUAAAAG